AUGUCGAGCACUGCAAGAAAGACCUCAUACGGCGGAAGUGGUCACAAAUCCUCAACCGUGGACUCUGCAACAACCUCUCCACCUACACGAUCGCCCUCGCAUUCGACCCAGUCUUCAGUGAAUGGUGUUGGACGGUCCACACCUACAAGGCACUCUCCUAGCCCUGUCUCCGCUCGAGCAGCAGCACGUAAACCCGGCGCGGGUCGAUCCAACCUCAGUAUGAGUUCUGUUCCCAGAACGCUCUCAAGCCCCUCAGAUGAUGAUGCGAGAGCCCAGAAUGCCGCCCUCAUCGAUGAACUGAAAGAACAGGUUCAGAAAGCCGAAACUGUCUCAGAUCAGUACCGAAAACAACUCGGCGUUCUGCAACUGCGACUUGAUGAAGCGGUUAGUGAACAGGGAAGAUUAGAAGAGCAAGCACAUGAAAAGGACAGCGCAUUAGGUGCGCUCCAGGCAGAAGUUAAAGAAUUGACGAGGCAAGUUCGCGAUCUAGAGCAAGCUCAUGAGACGGAGCGGAUAGCCAUGGCAAAGGAGAAGGAGCAGCAAGCGAAAAGAGAGGAGGAUUUGGAGUCUACAAUCCAACGUCUGAAAGAGACCAUUGCGCAGAAGGAAUUUCGUAUCAAUGUGGAGAAUGAACGCAACGUCUCCAGGUCGCCGAGCUUUCGAAAUAGAGCUUCCGCAGAUCUCGAAAAUGGACAAUUUGCCCCGUCUUCCCAGCUCCAACGCAGCCCUUCCCGAAACAAUUCAAAAUUGAUUUUGCAAAAGGAUAAACUAAUUGAAUCUCUGAGACUCGAGUUAGCGGAAGCCCAGAUAAAACUUGUCGAAAUGGAAAACUUGGGUGGUGGUCGCCAACACGAUCUGGAGCGCGAGCUUUUGGAAGCUAGAAUGGCAAACGCUCGCCUGAUGGAGGACAAUGAGAGUUACCAGCUUCUCCUGAGCGAGAAAACAUUGAACGGAGACUUCUCCAAAGGAGAUUUCAUGCAUGAAAACAACCAAGGAAACCAACAAGUAGGCAAUGGACUCGGAUCGCUCGCGGAUGAGCUUGAGUCGGUUGGCGAAGGUGGAGGUGCUGACUCCCGUCGGCGACUCGAAGGAGAGGUCAAAUCCCUCAAAGAUCAAAAUAAGGCUUUGAGUCUCUAUAUUGAAAGGAUCAUAGGGCGCCUGCUACAAACUGAGGGAUUUGAGCAUAUUUUGGACAAAAAUGACACUGAUCCUUCGACCUCGCUCUCGAGCAAGCAGGCAAAUACUGAUAAAGAUCUGCCUCCGCGGCCCCUGUCAGACAAGGUAGAAGGAGCUGGGACAUCAUUCCUCCAAAGAGCAAAAUCCGUUGUGUCGGGACAAGCUACUCGGCCAAAACCCAAACCGCGGACAAUGAGUAAUCUUACACAGGGCCUGAUCCAUCAACCCCAGCUUGAGACCCAUCCUACGAUGAAUGAGAAUCCGGAUACCGCACCAAGUAUCCCUCUAGGACGCUCACGGACAAUGCACCGGAGGUCCCGUUCAGAUCAAGCAGACGGCACCGCUGCCGCCGUCGUAGGUCAGAUGUACCGUGGUCCUUCUUCCAAUGGUCCUCUCAGUCCUGGGAUCAGUCCAACACUUUCAUCGGGACAAGGACCGUUCUUCGCCUCAAGCAUAGCGUCAAAACGAGCUUCUGUCCCCGUCGGUUCCAUCUCGAGCAGAACCCACGAUCGGGGAUUGAGUAGCACUCCUAGCGUGUCGAGCGAUCGCAGCGGUGAGGUCGGCUCAAGUGAAAGCACAUCCAGCCCUUCACGCUCCAGCCCGGGUAUGAAUAACUACACCGGUGCAGUGAUGACACAGAAUAAAUUGCGGCCUUUGCGCCUUGUUCAGGAAAACAAGGAGCUUGAAGGUGGUGACCAGGCCGAUGAAGACGCACGCAAGAAAGCGAAUCGUGGAAGCUGGAUCUCCUGGUUCAAUCGUCCUGGGCAAACCGAUUCUCCAAAUGUCACUUCGCCCACCUAA